CGAGUGAUGCGCCCACCCUGCUCCUUGCAGGGCGGGUGAAGAGGGGCCCGGCGGCUCGGCCUUGCGAGCCGCGGGUUCCCGACCCCUGAUUUAAAGUAUUUGCAGCGGGAGAAGAAACCCACGCGGCAGCUAGGGAAAGGGUUAUCGCCAGUUGCCGCUACAGAACAUGCGUAAUACACAGCAAGCAAAGUUUGCUGAAGUUCCGCUACUUCGCGUCAGGAGCUGAGCGCAAAUUGCCUCACUCUUUAGUCUCGCGAUAUUUAGGAUGUGUCACGCGGGUUUGAGGACGAAAUUUGAACGAUCUGAUCUAUUAGGGCGGUUGACCGGGCGAGCAGCACUGCGAGGGGCACCCUUGCAGGCUUGGCAGCCAUGGAAAUAGUGAACAGCUGCUUUAAAGAGAUUUGAAAAGGAUUUGCAUUUCAAUUGUCCUGGCAUGUGAAUUUUACCUAUUCUGGAAGGCAGAAGCAAGGGUGAUAGAACUAGCUGUAGGAUUCGCAGCAGAAACAAGCAGAUGGCUUAUUAGUUAAACAGCAAGAUGAAUUUUGAAGUUCGUGGAAAAAUAUAAGACGGCAUGGCCUUGAAGACUUGAUUGUAAGGGUUAAAAGAAAUGGAGACUGAGGAGAUAAUAUUACGUCUCCGGAGCCAGCUGAAAGAGGCUGAAGAGGAAAGAAGAACGGCAGCACAAUAUGGUUUAACAUUGAUAGAAGGGCAGAAUGUGUUGCAGAAUCAGCUAGAUGAAUUGCAAAAUGAAAUGGUCACCUUAACAGAGAAAUCUGAACAAGAAAAAUAUACUCUCCAGAGAGAAGUAGAACUAAAAAAUAGAAUGUUGGGAAGUCUAAAUGGCGAAUAUGAUACUCUGAAACAGCAACAAAAUAUACAGUUAGAUACACUUCGUGAAAAAUUGGAAAAGCUGCAUGGACAAGAAAUAAAUGAACUUAAGAAUAAGGUGGAAAAGCUGAAAUCUGAGCUAGAUGAAAGUCUGCUUAGUGAAAAGCAGCUAAAGCACAAAGUAGGCCAUCUUAAGGAGGUCAUUGCGUCUAAAUCCGAAGAACUGCGCCUAAUGUCAGAGCGCGUCCAUGAAACCAUGUCUUCAGAAGUUCUGAGUCUACAACUUGAGCUAGUAGCUCUUGAAAAGUCAAAGGAAGAACUUGAGGCUAGGUUACACGAACUGCAGUACAGCAAAGAACAACUAGAACUUGUAAACACCAAUCUCAAUCAUCGGGUCUCGCAUCUUGAAGAAGAGAAAGAAGAUAAAGAAAAAGAGCUUGUUUCUUACUGUAAUACAUUAGAGAAAGUACGUGAAGUGAAUAGGGAUCUUCAGGUUCAAUUAGAUCAUGCAUUACAACAGGUCUUGGAUCCUUCCAGUAAAGGCAAUUCUUUGUUUGCUGAGGUGGAAGACAGGAGAGCAGAAAUGGAACGUCAGCUAAUCAGUACAAAAGUAAAAUAUCAGUUACUACAAAAACAGCAUACUUUCACUAGAGAACAUCUGCAAAGAGUGAAGCUACAGAUGGCUACACUGCUUCGGAUGAAGGGUUCACAGGGAGAACUUGAUCAACUGGAACGUUUGCAGAGCAUGCUUCAACAAAAGAAUGGUGAAAUAGAAGAACUUAUCAUGAAAGUGAAGCAGUUGGAAAAGUCUAAGCAGAUAACUGAAAACACAAAAGAACUGAUGCUUUAUAAUGCUUCUGAAUGUCCAGAACUUAGAGGUGCCCGUUACACAGAUUUGCUGCAGAUGAAGCUUGCAAACUCUGAUAAGGAGAUAGAAAAUUUGAGAAGUGAGUUGUCUUUACAGAGGAUGAAAGCUUUGUUUGAAAGUCAGCGGGUUUUGGAGAUGGAGCGGAAGCUUUUUGCAACUGAAAGACAGCUUGAGACUUGUCAAAGUGACAGCAUAAAUUUGCGAGUGCUCCUGGAUGAAUUGAGAAUUAAGUAUGAACCUGAAGAGUUAAUGAAAAAUCCCAUCAGUUUUAAGAAGGCUCCAGGGAACAUGGUUUCUGAUGUUUUAAAUAGCAUGAAGACCCCUGUGCGUGAAACCGCUUAUUUGCCGUCUCAAACUUAUGAAGAAAUAAAAAGAAGUGAAGACCGUAUGAAAACCUCUCUGCAAGCUCUACCUUCAGCAAUGUGUCAAAAAACUGAUCAGCCUGAAACGAAGAGAAUUAGAAUCAAGAAGGAAGAAUCUGACGAGAAAAGUGUAAAAAAGAAAGAUGGGAAUGAUUCUGCAGCUUUUCCUGUUACCAGGUCAGUGUCUUCUAAUGUGUAUGCACAAGGCAAUCGGCACAGACCUGCAUCUCUGUUCUUUCGCUGCAUGAACUAUGCUAUCUACUUCUUCAUUUACUUUCUCAGUGUUGCAUGCAGUGCAAUCCCUCAGUUCCACCUGCCUAUUCUGACAUUUUCAAAAACCUCUAAAAAGAUUAAAAAAUAAUACAAUGAAAAGGACUCUUAAAUCAUGGACAUUUUCACUAUCUAAAUGGCUGCAAUAAAAUUGAGUGCUUUAUGCUGUAUUUUCCCUCUGUAUUAGCCAUUGUGUGUAUUCAGAUCUUUUUGCUCACACUUUAAACUGGCACACGUUGCCAGGUGUGGCUUGAUCUGCAGAUAUCAAAUUACUGCUGCAGUUUUUUUUACAGAAUUGCAAAAAGCUACUUGAGCUUUCAUAGUGAAUGUGCACCUAGAUUAGAAUAGGACAGGCAUGUGGCACACAGUGAUAGAUCUAAUGUUGAACUAGAGUGGGAACAUGGUGGCUGAGAUUUUCUUAACAGCUGUUAAAAUAUUUAGUAUUUAUUGUAUUACUCUUUUUGUUUUUACUUGAGAAGUGAAGAGAAACAUUUUUAAAUCACAGUUUUUACAAUAGCUUCUUAGGAUGAACUUUGUACCAUCAGUAGAAGUUUGUCUACCAAAUCUGCUGGAGGAGGGGAUUAACAUUCAUGUUUGCCUCAGACAGAUGCACUAAGUAGCUUUCUUUAAGAGUGCAAAAGCAAGCUGCUCAAACUUCAUCAAUGUUGUUUUCUUCCCUCUCCGCCCCCUCCCCCCAGCAGCAGAUAGGAUGGCCGUGUAGAUAAUAUCUUGCAGUCAUAAGUCAGUGCAUGUUUUUGUGAACAUGUUGCUGCUUUUUAACUAGUCUUGACAUUACUGACUUUUGGCAAUGGGGAAAGUAUGUAUUGACAAAAAUGAUUCAGCAGAGAACAUCAUGUGGCUGAUGGAAACUAGAAGUGGAGGUUAGUUUUUAUAGGAUGACAAGCUGGAAAAUUUGAUGUUCAGGUGCUCAGUAGAUUAGCUAUUUUACUGCGUCAGUGAGAAGCCUACCUUUUGGGCUUUCCUUUUCUAUCUUGUGCAUUAGACAUGGGGUAUAUUAUGGAAUAGUUAAGUUUUAGCAGGCAGCCCUAUUUUGAAAGGUUUUUCAUUGGAUAGGUGAACGUACUAUCAGAACAGGUGCUAGACUUUCAGAAUAGGUGCAGUACUUUCAGAACAGUGCUAGAAUUAACAGUAAGAUAUAGCUGUCGAAUUUACAGUGAAAAGUAUAAUCCUGAUGCUAGAGUUCAGUUAUGAGGUGGGCAACAGUAACAUCUACUACACAUUCAGAGACAAGAAUGCAUCAAUUUAAUUUGAGUGCAAGGACACCCAAUUGUCCUGGGCAGUUUAGAUGUUUUCAGGAUCCUCUUUCUGCAUAUUGGCAAGUAUUCAGAUUGAAGUGUUUACCACUUAAGUUUAAAAGGGAAAUUAUGGAAAUUUAAGUACACUGUUUAAUCUAGCUAUGCUUUCUAAAUAGUACCACCACAAUGGAACUGGAAUUGCAGUCUGAUGUAGGUAAAGCCCUGGAGCCAUUCAGAGAGUUGAAGCAGGUGGGUGCAGGGUGACUAGAUGGAAUGAUGGAGAAGUCAGCUGUUGCAUUUGAAUAAAUGGCUUAUGUAAAUGGAGGAACCUCAGUUCAGAGGAGAGUACAAUAGAGGGGGGGAAAGAAGAAAGAUGGCCAAGCUUUAUAUGGUGGCUUUGGGAAGAAUAUGAGGACUGAUGGUCUAGUAGUUGAUGCUGUGUGCGGAAUUCAGGGUGAUUCCUUUGCAACCAUGUGGCAAAUUUGCAUGUAAAAUGGGCAGGAAGCCUACAUGUAGCUGUUCCACUAGUAGCUUUUGGGGAGAUCUUAGUAUGCUUCUGCAUUUACUCCAGUAUAUCAUUGGAGUUUGUGUUUAAUGAGGUCUUAUGCACCAUAACACCUUUUACAUAUUCUUAAAGCAAGGUUGGUUUUCUUGUUUUUGCAUUAUGGGGGAAGACUUUUGGAGGGAGGCAAGAUAUAUAUUUACACAUGAAGACUCAGUGAUUGUGCUUAAAAAUUCUGGACUUUUGCAAGAAGAAAUUGGACUUGCAAGAACAUAGUUUAAAAGUUUAAAUGGUGCUUCCAAACAGUUGUAGGGCAAAUGACUAGACUAGCACUAACAGAUUUUGCCAAUUCAAAAUUGGUAUGGAUUGUCUUAAUGUGGUGUUGAAUGCAUCAGCUAUUACAAUUAAACUCCUAUAAUGUCU